GAGAGUUUUCCCACGCUCCCUUAGCCGCCUGUCGUGGGGUGGCGCGCGGUGCAUGUCGGUCCCGAGGCGGACUGUCCUCUCGCUGUGGGGCGCUCGGAGUCUCGCCUGACGCCAUGUUCCUUUGGGCUGCUGCCGCCCGGGGCCUCUAGCUGCCGCGGCCCCCGCAGCCUGUAGAGCCGCAGUCGCCGGCCGGGAGCAGAGCGCGGCCGCGCCCCGCCCCGCCCCGCCCCGCCAUGUCCGUCAAGGAGGGGAGCAAGGGGCCGCCGCCGGCUCACGGCACCAGCGACCGGGCCGUUAAGGCCAUCCCUUUUCCACCAACACAUCGCUUGACAUCUGAAGAAGUGUUUGAUAUAGAUGGAAAACCUAGGGUUGACAUUUUGAAGAACCACUUAGUAAAAGAAGGUCGGGUAGAUGAAGAAAUUGCACUUAGAAUCAUCAAUGAGGGUGCUGCAAUUCUACGAAGAGAGAAAACUAUGAUAGAAGUUGAAGCUCCAAUUACAGUGUGUGGUGAUAUUCAUGGCCAGUUCUUCGAUCUAAUGAAGCUGUUUGAAGUUGGAGGAUCACCAGCUAAUACAAGAUACCUCUUCCUUGGUGACUAUGUAGACAGAGGUUAUUUUAGUAUAGAGAAUGACUUGCCUGAUUCAUUGCUGUACAGAGUGGCUACUAAUGGAUCAGCACAGUUCAUAUGUGUGUUGUACUUAUGGGUCUUGAAGAUUCUGUAUCCAAAUACAUUAUUUCUUUUGAGAGGCAACCAUGAAUGUAGACACCUCACAGAAUAUUUUACCUUUAAGCAAGAAUGUAAAAUAAAGUAUUCAGAAAGAGUCUAUGAUGCUUGUAUGGAAGCUUUUGAUUGCCUCCCUCUUGCUGCACUUUUAAACCAACAGUUUCUUUGUGUUCAUGGUGGACUUUCACCAGAAAUAAACACACUAGAUGACAUUAAGAGACUAGAUAGAUUCAAAGAGCCUCCUGCAUUUGGACCAAUGUGUGACUUAUUGUGGUCAGAUCCCUCAGAAGAUUUUGGAAAUGAAAAAUCACAGGAACACUUCAGUCAUAAUACAGUCAGAGGAUGCUCUUAUUUUUAUAGCUAUCCAGCAGUUUGUGAAUUUUUGCAAAAUAAUAAUUUGUUGUCGAUAAUUAGAGCUCAUGAAGCACAAGAUGCGGGCUAUAGAAUGUACAGAAAAAGCCAAACUACAGGAUUCCCAUCAUUAAUAACAAUUUUUUCGGCACCUAAUUACUUGGAUGUCUACAAUAAUAAAGCUGCUGUGUUAAAAUAUGAAAAUAAUGUGAUGAAUAUUCGACAGUUCAAUUGUUCUCCGCAUCCUUAUUGGUUACCAAAUUUUAUGGAUGUCUUUACGUGGUCAUUGCCAUUUGUUGGAGAAAAAGUAACAGAAAUGUUGGUGAAUGUUCUGAGCAUUUGCUCUGAUGAUGAAUUAAUGACAGAGGGAGAAGAUCAAUUUGACGUAGGUACAGCUGCAGCACGAAAAGAAAUAAUCAGAAACAAAAUACGUGCAAUUGGCAAGAUGGCAAGAGUCUUCUCUGUUCUGAGGGAGGAGAGUGAAAGUGUGCUGACACUCAAGGGUUUGACUCCCACUGGAAUGUUACCUAGUGGAGUGUUGGCCGGAGGACGACAGACUCUGCAAAGUGCCACGGUAGAGGCAAUUGAGGCUGAAAAAGCAAUACGAGGAUUUUCUCCGCAACAUAAAAUCUGCAGUUUUGAAGAAGCAAAAGGUUUGGAUAGAAUCAAUGAGAGAAUGCCACCAAGAAAAGAUGCUCUUCAGCAAGAUGGUAUUAAUUCUGUAAACACAACAAAUGCCAAUGGAAACAAUGGAACUGGCAACAACAACGUACAGUGACCACACCAACUUCUGGUUUACUCAUAUGUCUUGCCUGAGAAUUCCUAGAGUACUGCUUUUUGACAUGACAACAGAUGAAAUAGCUAGGGGAUCAGUCAAACUGGAUUCUUAAUAUGAUGUGGAAAACAUAACUUGAUCCCACUGAAGACAAACCAUCAUGCUUUUGAGGCAACAGCCCCUCUCUAUAAGUGAUGACGGAACAUCUGUGAGCAUGCUUCAUAUAUUUACAGAAAUUCCAACAUUGCUGGCUGAAUACUGAGGAGAGCUAUGGGGAAAUGGUUGGGCUGUUAUCAGUAAAGCACAUCUAGACUAGCAUUUUAUGCUUAUCAUAGUCAACACUUUAAGUUUACAAAAUGGGAUUUUCUUUUCAGCAGAGCUAGUUUUUUUGUUUUGUUUUUUUUUCAAUCAGACUUUCAAAUAAGAGCUACUAUUUAUUAAUGGACAUUGGUUUCAUGAAGUGUCUUUAAAAACAUAGAUUAGAAUAGUCUUAAAAAAAUCUGAGGCUGCAAAAACUGUGUGUUAAAUAAAUGGAAAAAAUGCCAAAAAUCUCAGUUGGUCAUUCUGUAAAAUGCUGACCUCAGGUGUACUCCUUAGAUGUUGCUAAUUCUGUAUUAUAUUCACUGUAUUUUUUAGUUAAAGCUUAUCAGAAGAUUUCUAUGUAGGAAUGUUUAUUACUUGAACACAGAUUUUUAAAUAUUUAAUGUAGAAACUUUUAUGCCCAGCUUUUGAGACUCUCCCCAUACCUUGAAUUUAAAAUAUAUAUAUAUAUAUAUUAAUUUUAGAAGUCUGAAAAACAAUGCAAUUGUUAAUUUUAAGGUACUUUUAAUUUAACUUUGUACAUUAUGUUAAAGUACAUUUUGAUUCAUAUCAAGUCUGUAAAGCUUGGCGUAUUUUGUGUAUGCAUGUUUUCAUUUUGCAAAUAUUUAAUAUAUAGACCUCUGAUGUACAGGAACAACAUCUAUAGGUUAUAUAGAUGUUAUGGGUAGUUUUACUUUAUUGUGAGUAUUAAAGUUGCUUAAAUAGCUAAUAAUCACUGGGCAGGCUGAAUAGCUGCAAGCUUUUUAUUAUUUUUCUUAAUUCUGUAAAGGAAACUGAAAAUGUUAUUGAAAUAUUUAUUCAGCACAUAAACAAUUGUUCUGUUCAGUUGUUAAGGCAUUAGUGAAAGUGUAAAAUCGAGACUGCAUGUUUUUUUAGCUACAGGACUGCUUGGUUAAACUAAAAAUUGAAACCAUAUGCUGAUUUGUUCACAAAUAAUGAACUGUACUGUUUGCCUCUGUACUUUGUUAUAUAUUUUGACAUUUGCUACCUACCUUUCUUAUCCCCUGGAACACAACUUGAAACUUAAGUCACUAGAGUUCAUCUCCCUUUUUGUUUGCCAUAAAGUACAAUCUGUAGAAACCCCUGUCUAAGUUGAAAAUUUUAUGCAUGUUCUGAACUAUUCAAGUAUUUUAUAAACAGUAGCACACAAUAAAUUUUGUGC